ACAUUCAAAGAGUUCUCUUAACUUAAAUCAGUUUUCAUUAGGUACUUCUUUUGCAAAGGUACCUCAGAAACGUAGUAUUUUAAGUAAUAUUUUAGCAUACCAACUGCUCAAAAUAGCACAGAAAAUAGUAUUUUAAAAUAUAUGUAUUUAACAAGAAGUUGUAUAAUAGGAAGAAGAGCAAUUAUUGAAUAAAACACAGAAACAAGGUAUGUCAGAAAGCAGCUUUGUUGACUCUGAAAUGUACUUUCAUAAGCAAGUAGAGUUUUAAUGGCUAUUGGGAGAUUAUGAAUAAUUGUUAACAAUAAUUUACUAUGGGGUCUGUUUGCUACUGUUAUUUAAAAACGUGUUUUAGCUUAUUCUGUUGUUAUAUCUUUUUAACUUUGUAUGCUGCCUUGCAUAUACUCAGACAAAAAAAAUACAAUAUUUAUAGUGUUACAGUUCUCACAGCAAUUCUGUCAGGUAAUAUAUACUGGAGAUGUUUUUACUUAGGUUCCCAGGUUGUAAACCUUUGCACACUAACUAGAAGUUUGCAAAUAAUGAGGCUGAGUUCAGGGAAAACAUGCUUUGGGCUGCCAAGAGUAGCUGGGAAUCUGAAUUAAAGUACCAACAGCCAAAACAAAAAUUAUAAUCUGUUCCCUCAUACUGACUCCAAUUGUAAAGAGUGAAUAAAUGCUCUACCAAUCACUAAAGAGUUGAUCCAAUUAUAUCUUUCAUAGAAAUAUUAUCAAAUUAUCAGUAGACUCAAUUAUAGAAUAAAUUAUACAGGCUUGGGUCACAAGAUUAAUUACUCAAAUGAUAAUGAAAAUAGUGCAAAAUAAUUAUUGAAAGAAGUACUACUAUUAUUUAGUGGGGGAAAACAUUUUCUACCAUCCCAACAGAUUUACUAAAAAUAAAGGAGGUAACAAGUGUGAAACAGAAUGCCAAAUAAAGCCCAGGAGGUAAGCUGACCUUUUGACUUUUCUUCAGACUGCUUAUUCUGAAUCAUACACAAGCACUUCUAGCUUCAGAAAGUGAGUUCAAUACUUUGCAUGCACAGUUCCUGAUCACACGGUUGUUCACUUGUACAUCUUUCCCAGCAAUCAUAGGAGGCUUGUCUUUAAAAAUCAGAUCUCGAAGUGUGAGGUGGGACUUCGUAACCUGGUUUGUCAUGCAACCCUGCCUUAUAUUUUGUGACUGAGUCAACGAAAGUCUUAACACGGACAGAAUGUUGAAUGAUAACAGAUGAGAAAAAGAUAAUGCUAUUAUCUGUGUUUCUGGUGCCUUUUUGCCUCCCACAAGCAACUUGCUUCAAGUACGACCAAAAGGGAAGCGGCAGCCCUGCUUUCCUUAUGCUGUCAGGAAGGCAACCUACCAGUAACUUUCUAUUAGGCAUACAAAGAUUCCCUUGAUUGGCAUUUCCCACCAGCUUCAAACCUAAACACUGAUGGUACAGUGAGAGGUCAAACAAAUAUUCAAAGAAUGGUCAAAUGAUUGCCCAGCUAUGAGCAGAUAUACCCACCUGUACCCACUGAAACAAGAGGCCCCACGAGUGUAUUUGUCUAGGAACCAAAAGAAUUAAACUGCUCAUUUGAUGGUAAGUUUUGGUAAUACAUAAGUAAUAAUUUAAGAUGCCACGGGACAUCUUAAAUGUGUGUUGCUCAACAGUCCUCUUUUUUGUUAAAGGCAUGCCUAUUUUUUCUGUGAACAUACCACUUGACCUGCAUCAUGAGUAAGGACACAAAUUUGCAUGCUUUCUUCACGUUUUGAAACACAGUUGCCUAAUUGCAACCCUUUUCAAGACCUUGGUGGUUAAUGUGAUAUGGCUGCUGGCAGCAAGACUUUUUCUGCAUUAAAGAAAUGGAAACUAAGGCAGCCGUUCCCAAUUACCAUUUGGUGUUGAGUGAAAUGUGGCUAUGGUGUUGUGCCAUCAAAAACUAAUCUAUUUGCAUACCUAGUUUCCUUGUACCUACGCAGAACAAUAUCCUGGGGGGAAAGCCCAUGUAAAAGAGAAAGUAAUUACAGCAUACACCAGGCAUAGGCAAACUUGGCCCUCCAGAUGUUUUGAGACUACAAUUCCCAUCAUCCCUGACCACUGGUCCUGUUAGCUAGGCAUGAUGAGAGUUGUAGUCCCAAAACAUCUGGAGGGCCGAGUUUGCCUAUGCCUGGUAUACAAUAUAGGCGAGAAAGAAGGAAAGUAGCAAUAUAAGUAGAAUCUGGUGUAAUCGCUCUAAGAUGGUGAUGAUUAAUAAUAUAGUCAUUUGUUUCUGUAGCAAAAUCUAUGUAGAUUACACUGUACAAAACUGGUUUAACAGGUCCCUCAAUAUGUCCAGAAAAGAACGCCCUCUGAAUUAAUAACACAAAUAUAAAUUCAAUAGGAUGCUGUCAUUAACCUCAAAUCAGUGCAAGAACUGGGCAAGCAACUGGGUUUUGAAUGGACCAUGGUAGCCUCUGAGCUGGGAUUCAGUCGUGUGGAGAUAAACCACUUUCGUGCAGCUACCACAAAAAAAACAGCUCAAGCCCAGAAAAUGCUGGAGCAUUGGUAAGUAGGUCAGAGCAGAGGGUAAAUAUCCUUUAUUUUAGUCUUGAGCAUGAUUUUUGCAUUUCCUUCACAGAAACAAUGGCUCCUCAGAGAUAAGGGCUAAAAAGAUAGAAUUCACAACAGCAACAUGUAUGCUGCCAUCUGACUGCGUUGCCCCAGCCACUCUGGGUGGCUUUCAACAAAUUAAAUAAAUGCUGGUCACCGAUGUAGCCUCUCUGCCACCUGGGUAGAGGAAGAGGCAAGCAUCGAUUGUAAUUAAUGUGAUACACACAAAAUAUUCCACAGUCAAUUAUUCUCUUUUGCAAGUACUCUCUCUUUAAAAAUGAUCAAACCCUGCUGCUUAGAACAAGCACUGGUCUAAGAUCAGCCCAAGGCAAUGAGAUGAUGUUGAUUCCACCUUGAGUUACUCAUCCAGUUUUGCCUCAAGGACUCGGUCAAGUCUUUUUAAUUAGCUGAGGCCAAUGCCCGGUUGGUGUCUUGCCACGCCACCGCAAGGGCUGGUCCUUCAGUAAUUGAAGUGCCAUGACUUGAACCUGGAAAUGAACUGGCAACUAAUGAAAGUCCCAACGCCUGUCCCAGUCAAGAUCUUAGCAGCUGCAUUUUGUACCAACCAAAGUAGUUUUCAAGGACAGACCCACAAGGAGAGCAUUACAGUAGUCCUAUCAAGAUGCAGCUAAUGCACGUAUGCCUCUGGCCAGAGCUGACUAUACAAGAAAUGCGCUUGUGCACCAGUCUAUCUGCCAUUAGCCUUAGGAAAUGAUAUGUCAAAGUACAGAUGAAAUGCCAGAGCAAUUGUUACUUGGGUUCAGCACUUUUGAAGACUAUCCAAAUGGCUUUGGAGCCUUUGGUAACCACUAUGCACCCUCCUCUCCCCCCUUCACACGCAGGUAUGAACAAUCAUGGCACAAACUUAACAAGACCAAACUGCUUCAGGAUGCUCUAGAAAGGUCAGGAAGGAAAGACCUGGCAGACAAGCUUCGGUGUCUUCACUGGGGACACCAGAAACUGAGCAGGCGGGUGGAGUUACCGUCUGCUUUUCCCUUUCUCGUUACUGUGUACAAGACUAUUAACAACAAAGAAGGGUUUAUGAAAAUUAACGAGCUUAGUCGCAAAUACACCUAGGAGUGUUCAGAUCCACGACGGCAGAGCUAGGCUGAACCGUGACUCCUGCUGAAGUCAACAGCACAACAUCUCUAGGCUUUCACAAAAUAAAGAAUUUAGUACAGAUUAGGUUUUAAGCAGC